GUUAUUAUUCCCUUCCCUAUUCAUACACACGUUAAAAGACCAAUUCUUUCUUGCAAAUUUUGUGCAUUUCAAACACACCCAGUAAGAGAAAAAGGCCAAUAAACUUUGUUUGUGUCUCUCAUUUUGGUUUUUUUUUUUGUUCCCUUUCUUUCUGCAACUACAAUUUUGCCGUAGUGUUUGGAAGAAAAGAAAAGAAAAGGAAUUUGGGAUGGCUCUGAACUUGUUAUCCCCAGCUGAAGUGAAGGCCAUCUCCUUUUUGGACACCACAAAGUCCACUUGCCUCCCUAAGCUUCCAGGUGGCAUUACUUUGCAGAGAAAGGACUGCAGAGCAGUAUCCCGAAGAAGGGUUCAUUGUUCGGUACAGUCGCCUCCUCCGGCCUGGCCAGGACGAGCUGUUCCAGAGCCUAGUCGCAAUUCUUGGGAUGGCCCGAAGCCUAUCUCUGUUCUGGGAUCUACUGGUUCUAUAGGAACUCAGACAUUGGAUAUAGUAGCAGAGAAUCCCGAUAAAUUCAGGGUAGUUGGGCUUGCAGCCGGUUCAAACGUAACUCUUCUUGUAGAUCAGGUGAAAAGGUUCAAGCCUCAAAUAGUUGCAGUUAGAAAUGAAGCUUCAAUUGGUGAACUAAAAGAGGCUUUAGCUGAUGUUGAAGAAAAGCCUGAGAUUAUUCCUGGCGAGCAAGGCGUGAUUGAGGUUGCGCGGCACCCGGAUGCUGUCACGGUAGUUACAGGGAUAGUAGGAUGUGCAGGAUUAAAGCCGACCGUUGCUGCAAUUGAAGCGGGGAAAGACAUAGCUUUAGCCAAUAAAGAAACCCUGAUUGCUGGGGGUCCUUUCAUCCUCCCUCUUGCCCACAAACAUAACAUAAAAAUUCUUCCUGCUGAUUCCGAACAUUCGGCUAUAUUUCAGUGCAUCCAGGGCUUGUCAGACGGUGCACUACGGCGUAUCAUUUUGACCGCAUCCGGAGGGGCUUUCAGGGAUUGGCCCGUUGAAAAGUUGAAUGAAGUUAAGGUUGCUGAUGCUCUGAAACAUCCAAACUGGAAUAUGGGGAAAAAAAUCACUGUGGACUCCGCUACCCUUUUCAAUAAGGGUCUAGAAGUCAUAGAAGCUCACUAUCUAUUUGGAGCAGACUAUGAUAACAUUGACAUUGUGAUUCAUCCACAAUCCAUCAUUCAUUCCAUGGUUGAAACACAGGAUUCAUCUGUUCUGGCCCAGUUGGGUUGGCCCGACAUGCGUUUGCCAAUUCUCUAUACCAUGUCCUGGCCAGACCGAAUCUAUUGCUCCGAAAUAACCUGGCCUCGACUCGAUCUUUGCAAGCUUGGUUCACUAACUUUUAAAAUUCCCGACAACGAAAAGUACCCGUCAAUGAAUCUCGCCUAUGCUGCUGGACGAGCUGGAGGCACCAUGACUGGAGUUCUUAGUGCAGCUAAUGAGAAAGCUGUUGAAAUGUUCAUUGAUGAAAAGAUAAGCUAUCUGGACAUAUUCAAAGUCGUUGAGCUGACCUGUGACAAGCACCGGUCGGAAAUGGAGACCUCGCCUUCCCUCGAGGAAAUUAUACACUAUGACUUGUGGGCUCGGGACUAUGCAGCCACUCUGCAGAGCUCUUCCAGGCCAAGUCCCGUUCCUGCCUGAGCGACUGCUUGCCAUUGUUGACCAGGAUGUGGAUGCUUGAUAGUUAAGAGUAUGUAGAAUUUCAAGGUGAUAAAAUCAUUUUUUCCCCUCUAAGAUUGGGAAGUAAAAAGAGGGCAGAAGAUAUUUUAUCCAUGUAAAUAUCCCCAUCAGGAAAAAAAAAGGUUCCUUAAAUUCAUAAAGGUAUUCCCUGGCCAAGGCAAGUGUCCUAGAAGAAGCAACAAGACAAUUGAUGAAAAUCAAAUUUUGUGGUGAAAUUCAGACUUUUGUUCUAUUUACUUAUUCCCCAAGGUGCAUGUUGAGACUUGCAGAAGUCUAUUGCAUAAUGUUUUGACUUUGAUUUUGGUUGGCAAUAGCCUAUUGUUCGACUUUGGUAGGUAAGGUGAUUUUUUCUCUUCGGCUGCUACAGAGUCGUUGACCAAGAAAAAAUGCUAUAAAUUAGGCUGUAUAAGUCUAGUUAUUUACCUGUACCAUUUUAAUUUUCAAUUAGGCUUAAGUUUUACUUUUUCACAGAAGUACAAUGUUUGAAUUCCAACACAUAUUAUACUUCGUUCA